UUAAUCAUUUUAUUUUAUAUGUAAUUCCCCUGCUUUAUAAUAACAGAUACCUUUUAUUAAUACCACAAGUUCCUGCUAAAACAGAAAAAUAGGUAUUCACGAUUUAAACGUGCACGAGCAUUAAGUGUCAAGCGCGUCCUCGCAGUCGUGUAUGUGUUGUGUACAUUAUAGACAUUGACAGCAUUAAAUCUAUUGCUAACACAUUGUUUCCACAAAGCGAGCAAUAAAGCUGUUCUUUAAUGUGGGUGCUUAAGUAAACCUUUAUCACAUAGUGGGUGGAUGUCCAAUAAUAUCGGCAAAACAGACAAAUAGAGGCGGCAUGAUAAUUAAAUAAAUAAAUGCCCCAUUCGCUGUCUACUUCCUGGUGUUCAUCGCAAAUGAGCUGCUAGCGGAUAGCCAUGUUUACAGCUGAAACGGAACCGGGCACAAACGUUUACGCGCUCACGUAAAUCUGACGGACGUGCAUUUUUUUGUUUUGAUCAAGACGUGUAACAGAAGAUAUUUUCACAAUGACAGGACAAUGCAAUCAGCAUCAGAUCAGGUGAACGCGCUAUCUCUAUCCUGUUAUCUCUAUGCCGAGUUUAGGCUAUUAACCUAAAUCCCAAAGCUAAGCAGAUAUUUGGGAAAACAAGAGGAUAUCAACGUUUAUUUUAAGAGCUAUUUUCACGGUGUCGUCGCUAAUAUCGGGGAAGAUAAGAAGAUCACUGAUGGCGUCAAAAUCUAGGGUCUCCAUUCUGGAUUACUUCAAUAUCGUCUGUGAGGGAGAAAAUGGCAAAAUUGAAUCAAACUGCAAAGCUUGUGGCACAAGAAUUCAGGCUAAACGGACAGUUACUUCUAACUUUGUUACACAUUUAAAGCGUAAACAUCAGGCCAUGUAUGAUGAAUUUGUGAGGAAGAAAGAUGUGAAAAGAGAGGCUAUGCAGACAUGUACCGGUCCUCCAAGCGGUCGAAUGAUCCCUCAAACUGCUGCAGGGUUGAACAAGUUUGACUACAGCGACCCUCGGCAAUCGCUAAUCUCUGAAGCUAUCGCUAAGAUGAUCAUCCGGGACCUGCAGCCGCCGCAAAUAGUGGAAUAUGAGGGUUUCCGUGAACUUCUCCAGCUCCUGGAGCCCCGAUACAUACCAGUACAAUGUCAUUAUAUACAACAGCAGCUCCUGCCAGCUUACGUCUCACAAGUGCAACUAGCUGCCAAGCAGGCUCUGAAAGGAGCAGAGUCCUGCAGUGUGACACUUGACCUCUGGAGAAGCAGCUCUGUGGGUAACAGCUCUGGUGCUGGGUAUCUAGGAGUAACUUGCCACUUUAUAAACGCCGACUGGCACAUCAGAUCCGCCCUUUUAGCCUGCUUACCCCUUCCAGACCACAGCAACACUCAGCAAAUGCUCAGCGAGUUUGAUGAGAUCUCCGAAUCCCAUGGCAUCACUGGAAAAGUGUUCAGAGUGGUCGCCGACUUGUUGCCUUGUGAAAGCAGAUCUGAUUUUCGUCUUCCUGGGUUCAGUCUAAUUGGAAAUGGUGAAGAAGAUGAAGAAGGGGAGGAAGAUGGUAGCAAUGGAGAUCCUGGAGAAGGAGAAUCCAAAGAAGGCAUUAGUAGCAACGAGUACCACAGGUCUUUAGAUCAGUGUCUCGGUCGAAGUAGGAUUGACUGCUUUGCUCGAUUACUAGCUCAGUGCAUAAAGGAGGGCGUUUGCGCUUCUCCUCAUGUAUCGCUUCCUCUAAACAAAGCAAGCCUCCUCUAUAACUACAUUAUUGCUACAGUGGCUCCUGAAAAACUUGUGCAAGUGUUCGGCUCCUCAGCAAAUUGGCAAAGACCUUCAUCCACAGACAAGUGGAACGAUCAGUUAAAGAUACUGCGCCAAAUGGUGGACUCAAUGGAUUUCCUUGAGGACAUUGUGGAUAGGAAUGACCUAGUCUUGGGUAAUUUAGAGAAAGAGCUUCUGAGGGAGCUGGUUGAAGUGCUGGAGCCUUUUGAGGAGGCCUCAGACAUGGUGCAAGGAGACAAGCACGUGUCCAUCAGCCUAGCGCUGCCCUGUGUGUUGGGACUGCGCAAGCAUCUGGCAGAGGUUGUGACUCACCAGUGCUCUGGGAUCGUGAUGGGAUUGUCUCAAGCUCUGGACCGCAGACUGGCAGGCAUUCUUGAGGAUCCUCUUUAUGUAACAGCCACCACCUUGGACCCACAGUUCAAGCUGUCCUGGAGCAGUGACAGCGACUGGCACAAGCAGGUGCUGCUGGAAGAGGUUGAAAAGCAUACUCGGACUUUGAGUCCAAUAGAGCAUUACUCUGAGACCCAGCCAUCUCCUUCCAAACGCUGCAAGCUUUUCUCUUUCAUUAAGCAGAGGCCGACUAUGCAGGCCAAGACUGUGGAGCAGGAACUGUCCACGUAUCUCCACGAAGAGCCGACGGAUGAAGAUCCAUUACAGUACUGGAAACGCAAGUCCAUCGAUUUCCCUUUGCUCUCACAAGUGGCCAAGAAAGUUUUUACUGUGCCAGCAACAACCACGUCAGUGGACCAGAUAUUUAACACGGUUAGCAAGACUCUUAGGCCAGACCAAUGCCGAUUUCUGCCAAAAAACUUAGACACUCUGAUUUACUUAAAGGCUAACUAUAGGAUACUCUGGUCUUAAUUAUAUUUCCUUUGUUCUGAUAUCAAACCAAACACCUCAAAUACAAAAUAGGGAUCGUGCCUGAUAUACAAACUGCAGAAUUACUCCAAAGUAAACAAAUACUUUAGUUAGCAAAUGUUUCCUUUUUUUAAGUAUUGUAGAAAAGGCUAAACUUAAAGGCCGUGACACACCAAGUCUACAUGAAAGAGCUAACACAGACAAAUUCAGCUGUGUUGUCAUCCUGGAUUGACUGCAUCUCAUCCCUCAACUUCCCUUGAGCACACUACAAGGACUACAGAUGACUAUAAACUAGCAUGUGCAUCGUGCACCUGUGUGUAAGCAACCGCCACUAUCAGCUAUAUCUAUUUUCCUCAUUCAAAAGGGAAAAAGAACUGGGACUGCAGACGUGCAAACCAUAAUCUAAACAGGACUUGCUUUUCAUUUUAAUAUCAAUGAGGUUGAUCACUUGUUGCUGUGAACAUUUAGCAUUGAAACACUCAGGUAAUGAUGAUGCAUAAGAUAUUUUAUCUGUUCGGUCUUCAACUCACUUUUUAUCACUUUUAUUCUCAUGCAAAAUUAUGUAAAAACAACUACUAUUAUAGGUAAACACUUACAAUAAUACACCAUUUUUAAUAAUAUCCCAGUAAAACAUAAUUUAUUUCCCCCUCUAUCGAUCUACCUAUUCUAUUUAAAUAUUUAAAAAAGAAAUGAAAGUUAUUAUCAUAUGACUUUGCUCAGUAUUAGUAGUUCUGUUUCACCAUUCACCUCCUAAAAUGCAACAGAUUCAGACAAGUACAGUACACACUGAAUAGUUAAACAUUUAUAUAAUAACUCUCCUUCACUAUCAGCAUGUUGUAGAACCACAGACCUGUCCUUCAAGCCAAAUGAACACCAGUAAUGAAGAAAAUACUGCUACAUUUCCAACAAAACCUUAAUAAACAUUUGGUGUAUAAUAGUUAGCUUCUUAAUCAUUUAAGGCAAGAGUUGGGUAAAUAGAGUUGCAAUAUAGCUGACAAGCUUUUUGUGCGUUUUCUUUGUGCACAAAACUCACCCGCUAGAAAGCCGCAGGCAGGUUCUGUAAUUGAAAAUAAUUACAUUUUAGGACUGUUGGGAAUUGGAAAACGCUGAUGGUAGACUGCAUUCCCUCCUAGCUUGCAGGACUGAAAAGAGAGAAAUGAAGCCUGUGGGAUAUCAAGAAGAGCUGCUGCGCAUUAAAGACCUUUUGUGUGGAAAAGACAUUUUCAUUUCAGUAAAAAGUGUUGGUUAAUAAACCUGAAUUUGGCCUGUCAUGACUGCGAAUAAUAUGCCAAAACUCAAGCACUUUCAUUUUCUGUGUAGCACAAUCACUGAUGUCAGUGUGUGUGUUUACACUUAUAAGAACAGCGCACUGUUCUAGGUAGAGCAUUUAAACAGUAGAGUUUGUGUAUUCUGAUCAUGUGGAAGAAAAUAGCAAAAAGGACAUUAAAUCAAUUAACCCAA